GGAGGAUGAGCCGUGGGACCGCCCCACUCUCCCACAGAUAUAAAUAGGAGGUGGAUUUUUUUACUCCACUCAUUUCUCCUGAAGGAUGAGAUCCCUGAAACACCUUAAACAUCACUCAAGGAACAAUGUGGAGGAGGAGAGUGGCCGCUUGGUGCGGACAUACCCAAAGAUGACUGAGGGCCAAGUGGAUGUGGGCACACAGACGGAGCCUGUGGUCGUGCUAUCUCUGGCUCAGGCUGCCGUUCUUGGCCUCAUCUCCCAGAAUGAAAUAUUUGGGGCGACUAUUGCUCCUAAUGGCUUUUACACGGGGGAGCCCAGAGAAUGCCCCCCUCCACCACCGGAGUCAGUGGAGUAUGAGUAUGCUGACCAGCUGAUAGGGGCCAAUGGGGACUACCUUGCUGAGCCUGCUGGGGAGCCAGAGCCGCAGCCCCACUGCAGUGAGAGAAGACGGCCUGGGCCCCGUGGGAGAACCAAGAGGCCCAGGAUUGAUGGGGAAUUAGAGGGUCAUCCGCACAAUGUACCCAGUCCACAGCCUCAGGUUAAAGGUGAAAGACUUGACUCUGAUACCCCUCCUUCGUGUAUUCACAUGAACAGCAGGGGUAGUCCUGGCAAGUCAGAUGAUCCAGUCAUCCAGCAAGGUACUCUGAAAGAGGAGCAAGCCUGUGGAAACUGUCCUUCGUGUGUGAGAGACACAUCCAGGCCACAAACAGAUGGACAGCCAGAGGCUGAACAAGAUGAAAGCUCUGGUAGGGAAAGAGUAAGGAAAGAAGAAGAGUUAGUAGUAGAGGAAGAAGAAGAAGAGGAAGCACUGAACCUUAAGACCACUGGAGAAACAAGUAGUCCUGUGGAGAAUCGUUAUUAUGAUUCCAGUGAGGUGGCCUAUGAGUCUGCAGAUAUGGCAAUGCCAACAGAGUAUGAGGAGAACAACCAAGCCAUGCUGUGGUCAGACCCAGAGGGUCUCGCAAGACGAAUGCAGAUUGACCGACUGGACAUCAACGUGCAGAUCGAUGAGUCUUACUGCGUAGACGUAGGCGAGGGCUUGAAGCGCUGGAAGUGCCGCAUGUGUGAGAAGUCAUACACAUCCAAAUACAACCUGGUAACGCAUAUCUUGGGCCACAAUGGAAUUAAGCCCCAUGAAUGUAUACACUGCGGAAAGCUUUUCAAGCAGCCAAGUCACCUCCAGACUCACCUGCUCACGCACCAGGGAACCCGACCACACAAGUGUACCGUCUGUGAGAAGGCCUUCACGCAGACGAGCCACCUGAAGAGGCACAUGCUGCAACAUUCAGACGUGAAACCCUACAGCUGUCGCUUCUGUGGCCGUGGCUUUGCCUACCCCAGUGAACUGAGGACCCACGAGAACAAACAUGAGAACGGCCAGUGCCAUGUCUGCACCCAGUGCGGCCUCGAGUUUCCAACCUAUGCGCACCUGAAGCGUCACCUGACCAGCCAUCAGGGACCCACGACGUACCAGUGCACAGAGUGCAACAAGUCCUUCGCCUACCGCAGCCAGCUGCAGAACCACUUGAUGAAGCACCAGAACGUGCGGCCUUACGUUUGCCCGGAGUGCGGCAUGGAGUUCGUCCAGAUCCACCACCUCCGACAGCACGCUCUCACUCACAAGGUACUGGCAGCGCACGCCCUCCCACUUAAGGGCAUGAAAGAAUUCAAGUGUGAUGUCUGUGCCAGAGAAUUCACCCUGUCUGCCAACCUGAAGAGACACAUGUUGAUCCACGCCAGCGUGAGGCCCUUCCAGUGCCAUGUCUGCUUCAAGACCUUUGUCCAGAAGCAGACCCUGAAAACGCAUAUGAUUGUCCACCUGCCGGUGAAGCCUUUCAAAUGCAAGGUGUGCGGGAAGUCGUUUAACAGAAUGUACAACCUCCUCGGCCACAUGCAUCUCCACGCUGGCAGCAAGCCCUUCAAGUGCCCUUACUGCACCAGCAAGUUCAACCUGAAGGGCAACCUGAGUCGACACAUGAAAGUCAAACACGGCAUCAUGGACGCCACGAUAGAUGGACACGAGCCCCCCCAAGAGACAGAAGGCCAGGAGGACUACGAGGAGGAGAGCUUUGAAUUCAGUGAGCGAGAAAACCGGGCCAACAACACCAACACGCCUGACAUCUCUAAACUCUCUCAAAUGGAGUAUUACAGCACCUUUGGGAAGGGCGCCGGACGCUUCAACACUGCGUGAAUUAUUAAAAAUGACCCAAAAUUGAAUAUAGGUGUGACCUAAUGAAAAUAGGAUAGCUUUUUGUUUUGUUUUAUUUUGUGUUUUUGCUGUUAAAGGCAAAGUGCUUGGGCUCCUCUUCAAGGACGUGAAGAAGCCUAGCAAACUGCACAUCAGUAUGCACUGGAAUCUAGAAAAAAAUAUACUUUUUUAAUCUAAUUACAUAUUUUUCAUCUCUAAAACAUUUAAAAAUAAUUACAGAUAAAUAUAUUUGAAGGAAAUGGACAGCCUAAAAUAGGAGCAAAGGAUUUAAAAUAUAUAUAUAUAUACACACACACACACACACACACACACACACACACACACACACACAUUUGUAUAUGUUGUUAGUUGUUUAACAACAGUUAAACAUCAUCUGAGCCCAAAUUGAAAAGCACAAGCUUAGCUGCAAGCAUAGGUGCAUAUGUUGAGGUCUCACUGCACGUCCUCAUUCAGACAAUCCCGGUCCCCCUCUCUGUGGUCAGCUCAUGGGUUAAAGAAGGAAACAGGUGUUGCUGUUCAUUUCACUUGCCAAAGCUAAUAAAGUUGCCGAACUUGAUGAUUCACUUUGAUUUAAACUGUGACAAACUGCAAAACGACUGAAAAUGCCACUGGAUUUGCAAUCUGUGUUUUAUUGUAUAUUAUUGUACAGAAUGUAUCAGCCCUCUAGUACGCUGGCUGGUACUGCAAUCAGUGCGUUGCACUGAGGACCACUGUGUCUACUUUUUACAUUACUGCAUUAACAAGAGUCACCCUGUAUUGAUCUCUAGUCUAUGAAUGUAACUGUUUAUGUGGAAUGUUUUAAGAUGCUAAUAAAAACGUGAAGAAAAACACUUUUUAAAAAAUGGUUGGAUCCCUUUUACCAAAGAAUUAGAUCAAAAUCUCAGAGCUACUGGCGCCAUCGGAUUCCUUUCCUCGCUGCAGUGUUGAGCUGGGACAUUGAAUUUCUAGGGGUCCAAUCACAGACCUCCAGAAAUUACAUUCAGGUUUCCCUCCCACCCAUCUGUAGAUCUUUUCAAAAGAUUACCACAGAGAACAGACUGUGGUGCAGCAUCUCUUUCAGCAAAACCUCACCGUUUUCCCUGAUCCAAGCCGUCACAGGACUGCAGCAUUUUUCAAAAGCAAGCCCCACAUUUGUAUUGCAGUUGUGCGUCUUUUUUUUUUUGUUUUGUUUUUUUUAAAUGGAUGAAUCUCAACACGAAUUGUCCUCCCAAAAAACUCGGACAGAAAUAUUAAGUGCCCUAGUGUGUCUACGAGAGCAUGCCAUCCAUCAUGCUGUACACUGGUCUCGAGUGAUGAACGACAACCUCCCAACAUGUGACAGGGCCACGGACCUUGUGCAAAAUGAUUUGGAAAUGCUCAAUAUAUUCAGUUUCUCCAGUGUUUAGCUUUUCAAACUUGUAACCUGCGAAUAAGGUUUCCAUUUGCAAUGUUGAUAUAGUGCAUUUAAAAGAAGAAGAAGAAAAAAAAGCUCAUUUUUGAGUUUUUCAGCUGCUGUGUUCACUCCAUCACUUUUUUUGUGAUGACACAAGAAAGACGCUCAUCUCAAAUGGCUUUCUGUAUUAGACAUUAGUGUGGAGAUAAUGUUGUAUGAACAAUGUUGUGUACCAGGCAAUACUGUAAGAUAAUAAAUUUAUUUACCUUUAAA